AUGUACACCGACGAGAUGAUGGGCAGGCACCUGCUCCGCAACCGAGAGGACAGCAUCGACGAGAUCCAGACAGACAUCGACAUACAGAGUCUCAGGUGCAUCGAGGAGCUCGAGAAUGAGGACUGGCACUCCAAGUACAGGACCACCCGCGCCCAUGACGACCGACCUGUCGGCUUCUUCGCAAUUGACCCUGGCAUGGCGAGCAGGGGCAGGUUCAUAGCAGAGCAGGUGGAGCCUCCCAGGGUGAGGGCGGAGGCCAAGGAGGAGCUCGCACCUCCUCCCUUCUCGCUCCCUCCUGGAACGAAGACUUUCAGCAAGCUCAACGAGCUGCCUCAUGACCUGCUCCUCCGCAUCGUCAUCAAGCUUCCCUUCCGCUCUCGCAUGCUUCUCUCCUCGGCGGCAAAGGGCCCAGCCCAUCUCGUGAAGGAACCUGUGCUAUGGAGGCACGUCAACCUGACCGGCUGCUCGUCGCUCAUCACCGACCGAGACUUUGAGAAAGUUGUUGGGUGGUCGGAGGAGCUUGAGUCCCUCAUAGUUCGGCCCGCUACCUCCCUCCCAAACUGUUCCUGGCGCAUCCUACAAGCGCUG